AUCGAGUCGAUGUGACAGUUUUGGGGCUCUGUUGAAACUUCAUUGUUUUGAGUGGUCAAAGGUGGGAUUUUUACGCAAACGCUGAUAAUUAGUGCAGUUAACAAGCUUGUGGAGUGAGAUUUCUAUACAAAAUGCAUAAAAGAAGAUAUAAGCAAUUUUUAAUGCUACAACAAAGAUACGUACAAAGAAGCAAGAGAGCAGAGCGUCCAAGAAUUAUCACUCCGCCAGAGGAAGCUAGAAGAUUCAUGUACGAAUGUUUACGAGCAGUUGGGAUGCCGGAAGGAAAUGCAGCAGUUAUUGCUGACAAUCUGUUAGAAGCUGAUUUAAGAGGAUUGUAUAGCCAUGGAAUGAAUCGGUUAGAGAGAUACAUAAAGGACGUAAAACAAGGCAGUGCCGAUGGGGCUGCGACUCCAGUAGUGGUCAAGGAAUCCACCUCAGCCGCCGUGGUGGAUGGUCGAAACUCAAUGGGCUCUGUGGUGGGGACAUUUUGCAUGGAUCUUGCAAUAGAGAAAGCCAAAGCGACAGGAAUUGGGAUUGCCGUAGCCUUCAAUUCAAAUCACUUUGGGAUAGCUGGAAUAUAUGCCAAACAAGCCAUUAAACAGGGAUGCGUGGGCUUGAUAUUCUCAAAUACCACUCCUAUUAUGGUACCAACAAGAGCUAAAGAGCCAGCCUUGGGAACAAAUCCACUGGCCAUGGGUGCUCCAGGUAAGGGUGAUGAGUUCGUGCUGGAUAUAGCGACAACUGCUGUGGCAAUAGGAAAGAUAGAAUACUACAAAAGAAAAAAUGAGCCAAUCCCCGAAGGUUGGGCACUGAAUGAAGCAGGUGAAGUGGAAAUCGAUCCAAACGUUGCUCUGAAAGCAGGAAAAUUGAUGCCACUUGGAGGUACUGAAUUAAAUUCUGGUUAUAAAGGAUUUGGACUUGGAAUGUUCGUCGAAAUACUUUGUGGAAUACUUUCAGGAUCAAAUUACGGACCGCUGAUCCCAAAAUGGGGAGCUAAUGCAGAGAAUAGAAACUUGGGACACUGCUUCAUUGCUAUUGAUCCAAAGCAUUUUACUCCUGGAUUUGAGGACAGAAUGACAGAUUUAAUGGAUAUAAUUCGCAAUUUGGAACCGGUUGACCCUAAGAGGCCCGUUUUAGUGCCAGGAGAUGUGGAACGACAACAUGAAGAGAAAGUACGUAAAUAUGGUGGAUUAUGCUACAUCCAGAAUCAACACGAUACAAAUGCGAAAUUGGCACAGGAGCUAGGCGUCAAACCAAUGGGGUCGGUUGCUGCUAAACCUAUUUGUUCCUGUAAAAAUAAGAAUAAAAAGUGAAACGGGC